CCGGAAUCAAAAUUUUCGGGGUUCUGGUGAGGAUUGUUUCGGCUCUGGUGGAGCAUUUCGGUGCUUUGAAUGCGGCCCGAAAGUUGUAUGAGUGAGUCCAACUUUUUGCCAACGGAAUCUGUUCUCGCUGAGAAUUGAUCGAGACGGAUGCUUUUUUCUGUCAUGCACGCGACACUCCGGUUCCAUGACACGACGCCUCAAGGCCGACUGCUGAACCGCUUCGGGAGAGAUGCGGAGAUCGUUGACAACGAAAUCGCAUGGAAAGUAGGCGCGCUCAACUCUGCCGUCGGGGGUCUACUCGUUUCUGUUCUCACUGUGAUGUGCGUGCCCCUUGGGUCUCGUGCCCAGAUGGCUCUAA